UUUCUCCUCUGCUCCUCAUCCCUCCAUCCUCAGCCUGCCUCUCCUCCUCCUCCUCUUUGGGGAAAAGAAAAAAGACACUUUGCUCGCGCUCGAUUCGCCGUCCGGACCCAGCUCUGUUCUCCCCUCAUUUUCUCGUCCUCUGAGGAUUUUAUUUCUCUUUUUUCCUCCUCCUCCUUCCUUUCUUUCAUCAUGACGACGAACAACCACAAUUUUUAAAAUAUCCCUAAAAAAAAGAGAAACUCUGAAAAAGAUUUUUUUUCUGUUCUGAGUGAAAAGUUGAAUUAAACCUGAAAAACAGACACAAACUUCUGCAGAAGAAUAAAACUCCUGCUUCACUUCUUUCUUCUUUUUCUUCUUCCCUCAUUCCUUCAUCCUCUUCCUGUUUCCUUUCCGUCUCCGUGGUUUUGGACUCGAUGUUUUCGAUGUUUGUGAAGAACUCAUCGUCCGUCCUGCAGAGCUGAGCUUUUUUCUCUCUGCUGGACUUUUGUUCUUCUUCUUUUUCUCUUGUUGUUUUGUUUUUGUGGUUGUCCGGCGGCGGCAGUCGGAGCGUUAGGGCCCCGGAGAUGUUCGGGAUCCAGGACAACCUGCCCCGUGGGGCCACGGCCAGCAUGAAGGAGGAGCCGCUGGCAGUUCGCUCCUGGAUGCACUCGGCCGGCGUGGUGGAUGCCAACACGGCCGCUCAGAGCGGGGUGGGGUUAGCUCGCGCUCACUUUGAGAAACAGCCUCCGUCCAACCUGAGGAAAUCCAACUUCUUCCACUUCGUGUUGGCGCUGUACGACCGGCAGGGUCAGCCUGUGGAGAUUGAACGCACUGCCUACGUCGACUUUGUGGAGAAAGAGAAGGAGCCGACGGGAGAGAAAACCAACAAUGGGAUUCAUUACAAACUUCAACUGCUCUACAGCAAUGGAGUGAGGACGGAGCAGGACCUGUACGUCCGACUAAUUGACUCAAUGACCAAACAGGCGAUCAUCUAUGAAGGUCAGGAUAAGAACCCAGAGAUGUGCCGAGUCCUGCUCACACAUGAGAUCAUGUGCAGUCGCUGCUGUGAUAAGAAGAGCUGUGGAAACAGAAACGAGACGCCAUCAGACCCCGUCAUCAUUGACAGGUUCUUCUUGAAGUUCUUCCUGAAGUGUAACCAGAACUGUCUGAAAAAUGCUGGAAAUCCACGAGACAUGAGGAGGUUUCAGGUUGUGGUGUCUACGACAGUGAACGUGGACGGACAUGUUCUUGCCGUGUCCGACAACAUGUUUGUACACAACAACUCCAAACAUGGCCGCCGAGCCCGGAGACUGGACCCAUCAGAAGGUACAGUCACAGGGUUUCAGGAGGCCGCCACUCCCUGUAUUAAAGCCAUCAGUCCCAGUGAGGGCUGGACGACGGGUGGAGCCACCGUCAUCCUGAUCGGAGACAACUUCUUUGACGGCCUUCAGGUUGUGUUUGGCACCAUGCUGGUCUGGAGCGAGCUGAUCACCCCUCACGCUAUCCGGGUCCAGACUCCGCCCCGUCACAUUCCCGGGGUCGUCGAGGUCACGCUGUCCUACAAGUCCAAACAGUUCUGUAAAGGAGCGCCGGGACGCUUCGUCUACACAGCAUUAAAUGAACCCACCAUAGACUACGGUUUCCAGAGGUUACAGAAGGUCAUUCCUCGUCACCCCGGAGACCCAGAGAGACUGCCCAAGGAGGUGUUGUUGAAGAGAGCAGCUGACCUGGUGGAGGCGCUGUACGGGAUGCCUCACAACAACCAGGAGAUCAUCCUGAAGCGAGCGGCCGACAUCGCAGAGGCUCUCUACAGCGUCCCCAGGAACCACAACCAGAUCCCGUCGCUAGGCAACACCGCCUCCCACAGCAUGAUGGGAGUUAAUUCCUUCAGCGGACAGCUGGCCGUCAACGUCUCCGAGACGACGCAAGGUAUGAACACCAGGAUAGUCGGCUACAGUCGUAACACCAGCAGCGUGUCGCCGCGGGGAUACGUCCCCAGCUCCACCCCCCAGCAGAGUAACUACGGCAACACUGUCAGCAACAGCAUGAAUGGCUACGGCAACACCAGCAUGCCAAACCUCGGCGUGGCAACAUCACCGGGUUUCCUCAACGGGUCGUCUGCCAACUCUCCCUACGGCAUCGUCCCGUCCAGUCCGACCAUGGCUGUGUCGAACUGUAACUCCUCUCAUGGAGUUUUCUCCUUCUCUGCCGCCGUCAAACAGAAGAGCGCCUUCGCUCCUGUCGUCCGGCCGCCGGCUUCACCUCCUCCUCCACCUAACUGCUCCGCCAACAAUGCCAACGGGCUGCAAGCCAUGUCCGGUCUCGUCGUGCCCCCCAUGUAAGAAACCUUCCUCCUCCUCGCUCCUCAUCUCUCUCCUCCCCCUUGGCCACAAGCACCAAUCACCUCAGAGGAGGAGGGACCUCAGGCAGCAGCUAACCAAUCAGUAUUGAUCCUGUCGUCUGUGACUGGAUGGAGAAAACCUACGGGACUUUUUGUACAGACGUUUUUCUCCAGGUGCUUUCAGCUCUCUAAUUAUAACGUUAUUCUCUGUGUUUGGGGGGUGUGGUCUGUUGGUGUAAAAACUGAUGUCACACCUGUGCUGUGACAUCAUUUCCUCUACGUUGUGUUGUAGUUCCGAUUGAAGAAAAACAAGGAACAGGUCGUAAACUUUAAAGGCCCCAGAUUACAGAAAAUCUAUCAUUGUGUUUUACACUUGGUUGCCAUGGUUACCACCGCACUGAGGAGCAGGUGGUCUUCCUGUUAGUUGAUCAAUACCUCAGCAAACACCUGUCCACCUGAAUCCAGGUGAGGAAAGACAAACAGGAAGUGGAACAAGGACACUGGAUUAAAAGCUGGUUAGGAAGUCCUUGUUAGGGAACAAGGAAGCAGGAGGCAUCAGGUUAGGGAGCAAGGAAGGAGGAGGUGCUAAGUGUUGACACGUGGACUUGGUCCUGAUUGGCUCCCCUUAGUCACUCCAAAGAAUCAGAUUUUUGACUGGAUUUGAACUCUGAAACCUCCAGAUGAUUUACCUGUGCUCCUGUUGGCCAAUCAGAAUCUACCACUGCGAGGCGUUGGACUUAGUUUGAAGGUGUUUUUACCUGAUGAUGACACCUGAAUCAUUUGGGGCCUUUAAUCAUGUGAGCUGUUCUUCAGCACAAAGACUUGUGGGAAAUGUCCUCUCUGUCGUGAAGAGGAAGAGAAAAAAAAGAAUGAAUUGUCUUUCUCCCCUUCCUGGCCCCGCCCCUUCUUCCUGUAGGACCGCGCCCACCUGUCUGUAUUUUUGAUGUUUCUUUUAUUGCUCGCACUGUAAACACAAAUCCUGCAUAGGCUACUGUGACUGUCUGUCUUCUUGUUCUGAGUCGUCUUUUUAAUCAUAGCCCCUCCCACUACUCCCUAAGCCCCACCCCAAGCACUUAAACCCCGCCCCUUCCUCCCUCAAUGUUUUCUCUGUGGGUUUUGUGAUUUUUGCCAAAGUUGUAGCUGAAUAUUUAUACGUCACUGUGCUUGAUCACGCCCCCCCCCCCCACUGAGCUCACCGGGGAAAACUCUUUUUGUAACAUACAGAUUAUAAAUAAUGUAUUUAUAUCUGACAUGGUUUUUGUAUAAAUGGAUGUGAGUCAUAUCGUCUUCAUGGGUUUAGAUGUGUGUUUGUGACGCUGAAAAUAAAAAAAAACAUUGUUUUGUAUCAACAGAGAACUGAACGUUGACGUCGUCACACAUUUAUAGCACUGUCAAUCAAAGCUGAUUCAUCCAAUCAGCUCCACUCGUUUUGGGUUUUUGUUGUUUUUAAUGUAAAUCUUGUUUUAAUGAAUGUUUGGCUGUAAUGAAAUGAUUUCCUCACAAUGAAUAAAGUCAGGACGCUCUGACACAG